AUAACCAUACAAAGAAGCAAGCGUGGUCAUUCUUUCAUUCAUUCCGUUCCAUUCUUCCUCUCCUCUCUCAACCGCCGCGCCGCAACGCAACGCAACGAUGUCGACGCCUAGCGCCUCCAUUUCCAGCCCCUCCGCGUCUCUAAUUCGAGACCACGAUUCAGUUGAGAAUGGGAAGGAUUUUGCUCCACCGGUUAAGAAAUUCAAAGUUGACAACACUGAUACUGAUUCCGUUCCUAAAGCUGAGAAUGGGAAGGAUUUUGCUCCACCGGUAAAGAAAUUCAAAGUUGACAAGGAUUUAGUAGGAGGAGAAGAACACAACACUGAUUCUGUUCCUAAAUCCAUGGAAUUUACCCCUGAGGAAGCUUUCGAAAUCUGGCACAAAGUGCUUGGAGAAGAAUACAGUGGCAAAGAUGAGGAAGUUAUGAGGUUGGAGAUGUUCACGAAAUCUUACCUGACCACUCCCUCAGGUUAUGGAUGGCGUUGUCCGACUAUGGCUGAUAGAACCGAACAAGAAAUUGAGCGGUUUAGAGAAGAACAUUGUAUUUAUCGGCCGAUUGAUAAUCAUAUAUCCGUGGAAUACAUCAAAUAUUUGAAAGACUUCAAUCCUGCUGCACACCUGCCAGAAGUUGAGAAUGAGAAGGAUUUUGCUCCACCGGUAAUGAAAUUCAAAGUUGACAAGGAUUUAGUAGGAGAUGAAGAAGAACACAACACUGAUUCCGUUCCUAAAGUUGAGAAUGAGAAGGAUUUUGCGAAAUUGAAAGAUUUAGUACUUGAAGAACACAAGACUGAUUCCGUUCCUAAAGCUGAGAAUGGGAAGGAUUUUGCUCCACCGGUAAAGAAAUUCAAAGUUGACAAGGAUUUAGUAGGAGGAGAAGAACACAACACUGAUUCUGUUCCUAAAUCCAUGGAAUUUACCCCUGAGGAAGCUUUCGAAAUCUGGCGCAAAGUGUUUGGAGAAGAAUACAGUGGCAAAGAUGAGGAAGUUAUGAGGUUGGAGUUGUUCACGAAAUCUUAUAGGGCCACUCCCCCAGGUUAUGGAUGGCGUUAUCUGAGUAUGGCUGAUAGAACCGAACAAGAAAUUGAGCGGUUUAGAGAAGAACAUUGUAUUUAUCGGCCGAUUGAUAAUCAUAUAUCCGUGGAAGACAUCAGAUGUUUGAAAGACUUCGAUCCCGCUGCACACCUGCCAGAAGGUUACCUUCGCUAAAGGUAAGCUCUUGUUAGGACCAUCCCCCAAGUGGUGCUAGGAGUUUUCUGGUUUUGGCUGAUUGAACCGAAGAAGAAUUUAAUGAGUUUAGAGAAUUUCAUGUGCUCCCUGUUUGAAUUUCAAAUUUAAGUUGUAAGUUUAACCUUUUUUAAUUAAGGUUGAAUAAGUCCUUUUAAAGUGAAUCCAGCUGACAUUCAAGAGCACAAAUGGAUCACCCUUUUAAGGAUUGAGAUCAGCUGAAAUCUAUCUUCUCUUUGUCAUCUUAGCCUACCUCACUUAGUGGGAUAAGACAAGACUUUUGUGGUUGUUCUUAGUAGUCAUGGAACAAGUUAUUAUUUUAAUUUUAUUUUACAUGUUGUGAGACCAUCUAUAUAUACCUUUUACAGUUGGUAGAAUUGGAAAACAAUGAUAAGAAAUCAUUUGAUUGGA